AUGACGGAUACUGAUCGUCAGAUCAAUAAGAGAUCUGACGGCCCUGAUGGGGCGAAGAAUUUGAAGAGGCGGCGGUUGAAGGGACGCGUGUCGCUUCAGGAAAUAGCCACAAGGAAAGACAGGAUCCAUGCAAGUCGACUCCUAGAAGUCGACCUUAUGCAGUCAACUCCCAAAAGUCGACUUCCACUUAAGAAGACCAACAAGAGAGUAACCUCCGAAUAUCCAAAUAAUCCUAAGUCGAUCUCCCAGUACUCGAGGUCGACUCCUUGCACCUCGAGUGAGGAGAGGCGAAUCGACCAGGGCAAUUUAGACCUUUCAGGUGAACUGACCAGGGCAUUUUGGGGACUUCAAGUGUUGUCGCAGUCUAGCAACGGUUCGAAGGCGAUUCAAACAGAUCUGAGUUCAAAACCGCCGGUUCACUCUAGAUCUGAGAGUAGACCCAUCACCAUGACUCUUGUGGCUUCUGCUUACGCCGUGCCUUGCUCGGAUAGGAGUAAUGGCGAUGGGGAGCUGAAACUAGGGUUUUUUGUAGUGAUUGUGUUUUAUAUUUAUUUGGAGAUUAAUAUGGGGAAAAUGGGCAGGGUUUUGCCCACCCCAUGGUUAGAUAUACUGUUAUUACAGAUUACCCGUUGGAAAAAAAUCCAUUCUUUAAUUCUUUUGAUUUUGUUCAUACCUUUUGAUAUUUUGUUUUCUUUUUCCGCUCCCGUUAAUGGAGCCUGGUGGUGGAAAGCUGAGCUUUCUGCGGAAUAUCCUUUUGGCGAAACCCUCCUCGGCGACGGUCGUAUCCUCGUCCGGCAACUCCGCCCCGACCGCGCCAAAGAAGAUCCCCAACCACCCAACAUAAUUUUUUAUCAGGAUUCCAACGUCACAAAUGUUGGGGCUGAGUACUUACUAAUAAGUAGCGUCAAACUUCAGUAUUUUGUACCGCAAUCAUUAGUCAACCACCGUGAAACGGAGGGAUGCCCGGGAAAACAUCGUUGCGGGUUGGACCCGAUGGAGUUGCCGUCGUCACCAUCAACAACCCACCUCUCAAUCUGCUCUCCGUUGACGAUGGUUUAUGGGGCUCUUUACACCGGGAAUACUAGAGACGGUGUUCACAAACCAUACGGCCUAUUGAUGCUUAGCUUGAAGGAGAAUAUUGAGGGGGCUCUAUUGAGAGAUGACACGAAAGCGAUUGUAAUUACCGGUGUGAAGGGCAAGUUUUCUGCUGGAUUUGAUGUGACAUCAUUUGGUGGUAGUCGAGAGAAAAAGGAGAAAAAAGAGCUGGGGUUUAUGUCAAUUCAUAUUGUGACCAAUACUUUGGAAGCUGCGAGAAAGCCUGUUGUAGCUGCUAUUGAAGGCCCUGCUUUCGGUGGUGGACUGGAAAUUGCACUUGCAUGUCACGCUCGCAUAGCGACUCCCUCUGCACAAUUAGGCCUUACAGAGCUUCAGUAUGGGAUUCUCCCUGGUUUUGGAGGUACACAAAGACUUCCAAGACUUGUGGGCCUCAGGAAAGCUCUCGAAAUGAUUCUGAUGUCAAAACGAGUAGAUGGUAAGGAGGCUCGAAAUAUGUCCCUCGUGGAUGCCUUAGCUCCUGCAGAUGAGCUUCUUGGAGUAGCUUGUCAAUGGGCUCUGGAUAUGUUUGAGUGUAGAAAACCAUGGGUGAUUAGUCUUUACAGAACCGACAAAUUAGAACCCAUGAGAGAAGCUAGAGCAAUACUUAAGUCAUUCCGCAUGCAAGUCCAGAAAGACAAUCCAAAUGUUGUGCACCCUUUAGUAUGUAUCGAUGUCAUUGAACAAGGAAUAAUUUGUGGCCCUCAUAAUGCCCUAUGGAAGGAAGCAGAAGCUCUUGAAGAACUUCGACAAUCUAGUACAUGCAGGAGCCUUAUACAUGUAUUUUUCGCUCAGCGUGAAGUUCUGAAGAUUCCUGAAAUAUCUAGGAUGAAUCUGCGGCCAAGAAAAAUAGAGAAGGUUGCUGUAAUUGGUGGGGGAUUAAAUAGCUGCGAAAUUGCUACGUUUUUGGUCCUCAGAAAUUACAAAGUCAUUCUGAAACUGAAUAAUAAGAAGAAUCUGUUGGUGGAGAUCGGCAGAAACGGAAAGGCAACUCAAGUAGGCGUUGAGAAAGCUUUCAAUCUAUUAGCGGGUGCUCUUGAUUAUGAGAACCUCAAAGAUAUCGAUUUAGCUAUAGAGGCUGAAUCUGAAAGUUUACCAUUAAAGCAAGAGAUUUUUGCUGAACUCGAGAAAUCUUGUCCACCACAUUGCAUUUUUGCCACCAAUACCUCGAGCUUCAGCUUGAAAUCGAUUGGAGAAAGAAGUAAAUCCCAGAAUCAGAUUGCUGGGAUCCGUUUUUGCCUCCAGCCGGUAACAACACCUCUUAUGGAAAUAGUUCGUACAGAGAGUACAUCACCUCAAGUAAUAGUUGAUUUAACAUCUUUCACAAGAAAAAUUCGGAGAACCCCAAUUAUCAUCUGUGACAGGAAAGGCUAUUCAGUCGACAAUAUGUUGGUUGCGUAUUUGCAUUCGGCAAUAUUAAUAGCUGAACAUGGUGUGGAUUUUUACCGGAUUGAUCAGACUCUUCAAGGCUUUGGAAUGCAAUUGGGUCCAUUCAGAAUGAUUGAUAUAGUUCCAUUUUUUGGGAAUCUCCUGGAUAAAUCUUACAGGCCAAAGCUGAUUCGAGUUUUACAACACGAAGGACUUCUGGGUGAAUGUAAUGGUAAGGGAUUCUAUGAAUAUGACAAUCAUGGCAAGGCUAGUCCAAAUCCUAAGAUUGUGGACUACAUUGGAAAAGCUAGGACUAACUUGAAUAUGACCAGCGACCUCAAGAUGACAAACUUGUCCGAGGAAGAGAUGGUCGAGAUGAUCUUAUUUCCGGCUCUAAACGAAGCAUGCCGUUUAAUCUCAGAGGGCAUUGUAAUAAGGUCAUCUGAUCUUGAUGUUGCCUCAGUACUUGGAAUGGGGUUCCCAUCAUACAGGGGAGGAAUUAUUUACUGGUCCAAGUCAUUUGGGCCAAAUUAUGUAUAUUCAAGAUUGGUGAGUUGGUCAAAUGAAUAUGGAGAGUUUUUCAAGCCUUGUGAUUAUUUGAGGGAGCUAUCUGCAAAGAGGAUAUUUCUGGGAAGAGAAAGAAAGCAGCACAAGCCAAAGUUGUAAGAUAUGUAUAAAUUUUGGAUCCUUCAAUUCAGAUACUAAUUUAUCUCUGUUGCAUUGAAAUAUCUUUAACUUUCUGACCCAGCUGUUAUACUUGUAUUUUAUUACAGUAUGAUGUAUCUGUUAUUGGUAAACUAUGCAAAGGCCGUAAUUUGAUAUGCUUGCAAAGUUGUAUUAUACGAAUAAAAACUACUCACUCACUCGUGUGGGUGUGUAUUGAUCCAAAUUAUUAAUAUACAACCACGAUGAAAUGAGAUUUAUAAUGCUUUUAAAUAAUCCCUAAAAAUAGUUUGAGAUUUUAUUAAAUCCAAAAAAUUCCGAAAAAUGGUAAUAUUAUCUAAUCUUAACAAAAUUUACCUUCUAGAAUUCCAAAAGGCAACACCUACCCUUUCCCACGUGACCUUAUCCAUCUUAGCAUUCAAAACACACCAAACAACAUAUAGACUUUUUGUGCAUCACUAGUUCACUACACAAGGACAAGAUCAAAAAAGUACUCUAAAAAAAUUAAUCACUAUCUAUAUUCAAACCCCACAACACCAACCACAGAAACCCAAUUACCAUGCCUUCCUCAACCUACCUCCUCAUCCUACUCACCUCCGCCGUCCUCCUCGCCGCGCUCCCGCCGUCCGCCGGAGACUCCCCGUCGGUCUACGAAGUCCUCCAAUCGUACGAUUUUCCCGCCGGACUUCUGCCAGUGGGCGUGACCGGCUACGAGCUGGACCCGAGCACCGGGAAAUUCUCGGUCUACCUGGACAAGAGCUGCAGCUUCACCAUAAGCGGGUACGACCUCAAGUUCAAGAGCGAAAUCUCCGGCACGAUAUCGAGGGGAAAAAUCAAGGAUCUGCAAGGGAUUCAGGUGAAGGUCCUGUUUUUCUGGGUCAACAUCGUCGAGGUCACCAGAGACGGUGACGAAUUGGAACUGUCCGUCGGUAUUUUGUCCGCGACUUUUCCGGUGGAUAACUUCUAUGAGAGUCCGCAGUGCGGGUGCGGGUUUGACUGUGUCAAUUACGACGCCGGGAAAAGAUGUGGCCGGAAAUUCAGCUUCACGAGUGUUAUGUAGUGUAGUCUGUAGUUAAUGGAGCUCCGCUGUGUGGAAUUAGUAAUUUUGGAGUGUGUGUAGUAAAGUACUGAUGAUUUAUUAGCAGCAGAUUUUGGUGUGGUGUUAUUGACAAGGUACUUUAGUUAGGAUAAAUAUGUGAUGCUAUUUUGUUAUGCAAUUUUAAUAAUUAUGAACUUGCGCUUUGUGUUUUGUAGUUUUAUAGUUUUAUUGUUAAGUAGUGUGGAUAUAUACAUUUGAAAUGCACGGG